AUCAUUAUUUUUGGCGAAGUCGGAGAUCCAGGCGUUAAGGCGAGCAUUGCGGUAGACGAUGUAUCAUUCGAAAAUAACUUUUGUGAUGAAUUACCUCAAGGUAAAUUUAAGAUAUAAUUUCAUUUCACAGUUGUGUCUUUUUUCUGUCAAUAUUUGGAGUUCGACUGUUCGUUGUCCAAUGGUCCAUUCUUGCAAUAUGUAGUCUAUGCAGUAGUGUAAUUAAAUGUCACCUUAGUUGCAUAAUAUAAGAAGAGGGUUUCCAGUUUAACAUAUUGGCUCUAUACCAAAUACUAUUUGUCACUCCUUUAGAAGACGGAUCGAAAUGAUCAUUGCUGGAUCUCUCAAGUGAAAAGUUUACAACUGAUAGAGUUUUUCGAUAUUCAAAAAAUGACCUAGUCAGUUUUGGUUUCCCCUGAAUUAGCACCAAUGGCGUAACGGAGGAAGAGGGGGUAUAUUUGGUUUGGGGCUUGGGGCCCCUGUUGAAUGUUGUCAUUGUUUGACUGAGAUAUUAUAUUUAUAUUAAUUCAGAAUAUUUAUAGAAUGUUCUGGAAAAUUCCGUGUCUAUAACACUAACAGUCUCCAACACAUGUAGCAAUUAAAAAGAAUAACUUUUGUUUUAUUUGAAAUGGAAUAAAUAAAUCAGCUACCGUUGUCGAUGAUAAUUAAAUUAUCUCAUCGAGUCGUAUGUUGGUUUAAUGCAGUUUUCGUAGACUUUUUAGACAAAUUCUCAAUCUAUAAUAAUUGCUGUGUAGGCUUUCGCUUUGAAAUCUCCAAACUACUGUACAACCAUGCAUGUCUUUAUAAUGACAUAUAGGUUUUUCUAUUCUUAUUUUUUGUAUAUCUAUCGUUCAUAGUCCCAUGCAGUAACCCAAACCCCAUUUUCCAAGCCCAAAAAUAGGCAAACCUCAGUACAAUUUUACCUCAUCAGGCCCUCCAUAUCGUUUAUAGGAAUUUCAGUUACUUAAUUUUUCUUGUCGAUUUUUAAAUUUAGCCAGUGGAAGUUUCAACUGUACAUUUGACACUGGAUUUUGUGGCUGGCAAUUGGGUGAAACGACAAGUCCUGAAUUUCAGUCAGGUAAGUAAGAUAAAGUGGGGUGUCUAAAAUAGCGUUGUCACCAAUAUUUUAAUUGAAGAGAUCAUUCUAGUCAGCUAUUUUUAUUGGAAAAUUUAAAUGGAUGUAAUUGAUUACUACUGUUUUUUCUGUAUUUUUGACUGAUAAAUAAUAAAAUAUCUUAAGUCUUAACCGAUCGUAGACAAAUUAUCUAAGAUCUUACAAAGUAUCUUCCUGACAGGUGAGAAUUCAUGAUUUUAGUUGACAAUUAACAUUCAGGGACCGUCAUUCACACCCUCGUACUGUAUUACACCUUUUUGACUAUCUGCUAACUAUUUUCUCAUAUUUGAUCAUGUUUUUAGACCUUAACCAGUACACUGUUAAAAGCAAGAGCCCAUCAACUUUAAGAAGUCCAGAAAUCUUCCAACGCAAAGCUUGCUUUUCGUUUCAGUAUUUUGUAAGCUCUGACAGUUAUAGGAAGGAUAUCAGAUUGCUUGUUUUUGUCAGAAAUGCAAGUGAUAGUGAAUUGCUUCCAUUCCGUAUUGAAAAUGUUUAUUAUGAACAAGGAAGAUGGCACAUAAUCAAUAUUUUGUUAGAUCAUGAAAGCGCUUUUGAUCGGGUGAGUCGUGUAACUCACUCGUGUUUUUGUUUAAAUUUUAUUUGAGUCUGAUUCAGGUAUUUGACUUCUUGGGACUUCUUUCAGUAAAGACUAGUUUAGUGUAAUUAGAUUUUUUUGUGGUAACAGUGGACCAAUAUUAAGGAACUGGAACCAACACUUAAGGUGGCUCAAUACAGUUUUUAAAAUAUGACAAAAUCGUGAUUUAGAUUUAAUUUUUUGAAGAGAGGUUUCUUUGUUAGAAGACAAAAAUUGUACCACAUAUAAUGAGCAAGCUUCUAAGAGUUGCAAAUGGUUCACAAAUAUGACGUCAUUACCGUUGCUAUGGUAACAAUGUCGUUUCAAUAUGGCCGACAUUUUAACUGUUAACACAUUUUAAUCGAAAAAAAGGCCGGUUACCCCCAUUUUUUAUUUCGUGAAACGUUUUCUUUUAGAAAAAUGAAUGAUAUGAACAAGUUAAAAAAAUUCUAUAGAUCAGAAAUUUAAAAAAUUAAAAAACGUCAUUUAUCGUGAUAAAUAUUUUUGGAUCUACAGAAUUUUUUAAACUUGUUCACAUUAUUCAUUUUUCUGAAUGAAAACGUUUGACGAAAUAAAAAAUGGGGGUAACCGGCCUUUUUUUCGAGUAAAAUGUGUUAAAACGUAAAAUGUCGGCCAUAUUGAAACGUCAUUGUUACCAUAGCAACGGUGAUGACGUCAUUUCUGUGAACAAUUUUCAACUCCUAGAAAAUUGCUCAAUAUAUGUGGUACAAUUUUUGUCUUCUAACAAGAAAUCUCUUCAAAAAAUUAAAUCUAAAUCACAAUUUUGUCAUAUUUCAAAAACUGUAUUGAGCCACCUUAAAACGAUUAAAAUCGUCUGGCUUUGGGGAAAAUCCGAUAACAGAGUGGAGAGCAUUGGAACAUAUUGCAGCUUAAUUAAUGUGUUAGAAAAUGAUAUGAGCAAUAGGUCUAUAUAGCAUAGAAUUCUCCAGUAUCAAUAAAAGUAUUUUAGUUAAUUUGAAAUUAAAUAAAGUGAAUUGACGUAGGCCUAAUAAAGACGAUUUUUGCAAGUGGUUUAGCUAAUAUAAAUUAACUAAAAUGAAUUGACAUAAAAAAGAAGCAUUUUUGCAAGUGGUUUAGCUAAUAUAAGUUAAUUAAAGUGAAUUGACGUAAUGAAGCAGCAUUUUUGGAAGUCGUUUAGCUGGCCUCAAUCUGCUCACGCAGCCUAACGCAUUAAGCUGGAAUGUGUUCCAAUGCUCUUCACUAACAAAUCUGGCUUUCCCUUUUGCCAGACGAUUUAAUUAAGGGGAAAUGUUGGUCAAGACUUAGUUAAUAGAGUUUUGGUUUUGAGUAUGAAGCAGAGACGUAUCGUAUAAAUACCUAGUGCAAGUUCUUUUUGAAUAUUUAUAGGUGGAAAUACACCACGUGGAGUGUGAGGUCUAUUUUGCAAAUUUUAACAUCAAAUCAGAAAUUGGCAAUUGUAAUAGUAAUAGUGGUGAGUACACUGUUCAAUUUUUUCAUCAUUUGGCGUGUUCAAUCGAGUUAUUGAGUACGCGGGAAGCAGGGACGUAACAGUGGGAAGAAUGGGGGGAUCCCCCAAGCCCCCACUUUUCUUCAGGAGCAAUCAUAUAUAAUUUUUUCUUUUCUUCAAGAUGUAAAGACGUUUUUCGUCUCCAGCAAGAAGUCAUCGCCAAAGGAAUAUACAGUUUCUAAAAAUGGCGUAAACUGUGAUCUCAAUUAUCCAACAUCACACUUCACUGCCCGCACUAUUCCAAGCAAAGAUUAUCCAAUACCUAUGUAUUUAUUCUCAAGUUCAUAUCACACGUCCUUAAUUAGUAAUAUGGACGCUGUUUUGGAUGAUCUAAUUGGAUAUUUUUAUGUGAGCAAGACCUCGCAGGCGAACAGUUCAGCAAUAUAUUAUAGUAUAGAAGAUGACAAGUAUGGCGAGUAUAUCUCGGAGUUCAGUGCAACUCCUCUCGCUGGAAACUGGACAGAAUAUGUCGACGUAGUGUACGUAAAAAGACAUCAAAAUCAUCAAGGUAUAGCGAGAAUUCUGAUGAGUUAGAAGCGAAAUUGAAAUUGUCGAAAUUGGGUUUUACACCAAAUUUGAUUCAAAUAGAAAAUUGUACCACAAAUGUGGAAAUUUUGCUUCUACAAUAAUAAAGGUUUACCAAAUGGUUGCGAACUUGUAAAAAGUUGUUGCUCAUUGAUUGAACAACUGAUCUCAUCUUAAACUACAUAGCGAACACGAAGGGCUUGCGCAAAGAGCACCUGGUCUGGUAGAUGUUAAGCGUUUUUUUGAGGAGAUAGGGAGUAAAUUUGAACAAAACGUGUCCUGUAAACAACUUUCGUGACAAAAAUACCAUACACAGAAACUUCAUCAUUGGAGAAAAUAUAAUGCUGAGGUUUCGGUGGCGCAAUCGUCAGAGCAAGCGCCUUUCACCUCUAAGAUCGUGGGUUCUCGAUUCUCGGUUCUCAAUCGUGAGAUUCUCGUUUUCAACAUUCUUAUGCAGGACUCAAUAUAUUCAUGUGAAAGAGUCUGUCAACACUCCACUGAAAGUCGUGGCUUUCCUCCGGGCACUACGGUUUCCUCUCGCAGGGAAUGUUGACAAGGUGGAAUUGGAUUAUAGCCCCUAAUUGACCCUUCCACCGUAGCUGUGCUCCUUGAUCGGACUCACAUGAAUCAUAGGAUUGGCAGCCAGAUACGCCCUAAGAAAGCCUUCAACUCGAUCAGACUUGAGCUUCGUUCUUCCCAAUUCAGCUUAGUUCUCAGGCGACUGUGAAUAUGAGGAUAAUUAGCACACCUUCACUUAUAUUUAAUUACGUACAUUCAUGCUUACUUUGUUCUCAAAAACUGAACUGAAGCGUUUAAACGAUAUGCAUUUACAAUAUGCAUUUACUUUAGAUAAUGGGAAUUGUCCUCCUGGGUACUUUGACAUAAUGAACAAAUGUCUUUGGCUGAUGUGCGGUGGAAGCUACCCUACAUAUGCAGAAAAUCGCUGUUCACGGACUUUCGGGACUCUAGCUUCACUUGAUGAAACUGGCAUGACACGCCUAGCUAAAUAUCUAGAUAAUAUCAAAGCUAGAAGUGUCGGAAUCACACAGGUUAGUUAUCUUCAGAUCCCUAUAAUGUCCUGCUGGCGCGCACGCUUCGAUAAUUUAUUCGGCUUCCAAACCAUCAUAUCUUUACAGACUAUAAAUAGUUCCAUAUUGCAUGCGACAUGCUCUGAUCGUGUAUGAUUUUUGAUAGAUUACAGUGGGGCUGUCGAAGAAAGAUCGACAAUGGAUCUGGAAUGAUGGACGAGUAUAUAAUAACAGCGAGCGUACCUUGGAUAUAGAUUCUAAAAAUGCGUACGCCUAUUUAACGUGGGAAGGAAAUAAGUUCGUGCUCAAAGAUGGCAAUGUGCCCAGCCAGCAUCAUAUGUGCGAGAAACGAGGAGGUAGGCGCGUUUGAUAAUUAUUUGCGAGGUUUUAAAGGAUAAGAUCUGUUAAUUGUGUUAUCAUUUGUAUGAUUUGUUAAGGCUGUUACCUAUUUCAAGUGGGAGGUGGGUGUUACUCCCCAACCCCAAUCGCCCCCCCCCCCCGCAAACACACUUACACCCCGGUUGCUACGACCCUGCAGGUGGUCUUCCCGACAAAUCCUAAAAUAGGGCGAAUUCGGAGGCAAUGCCUCUUGUCAGCCUAAGUUCGGAACGUUCGGUGCUGUUAAAGAUCGUAUCACAAGCAUCCAUCAGCACCAAAUACAGUUAGGCUUACGUCGACACUGUCGAAAUUUUCUUCGUAACGAAGUCUUCUGUAUGUACAAAAACGGAGGGGUGGGGGGGGGGGAUGUUCCAAACAUUUUCUGGUGGAGUACCAUAAGGAUGUAAAACCAUACACCCUGCGAUAUUUAUCAAAACAGCUGUGUACAUUUUUUCUUUUCAAAUUCUCACUACAGAAAAUCUUGCGUAUAACUCUUGGCCAAAUCAAUCAAGCACCUCGCCUGAAUUCUCUUCAGAAUUGGCAGUAGAUGGACUUUAUUACACUUGCAGUUUAACACUACAGCCAACGAAGGUAUAUAUUCUUUAUUUAAUGUGGUAUUGUCUCAACGCGAAAUGUAACAUCUGACUGAAAAACCGGAUUAUUUCAUAAAUCAGAUUUUCACGCAGUUCUUGCUUUAUUUCAUCAUUAUUUCGUUGGCUUACUUUAAUCGUGCUGUUAAAUUGAUAGGUAAUGUUCGACCACUCAAAAGUUGCUUGUAAUACAGAUUUUGCUGCCUCCCAUCUGCUACUUUCAAUUUAAACGACUCUAUAAAUUUGUCUACACUGAUUAAUUAAGAACUCACUUCUUGCCACGCUUGCAAAGCUGAAAACUGCGCAGUUUCUUUAUAUUUUAUUUUAAUUACGAUCGAACAUUAAAUAUUUUCACUCCCUCAAAGUUCGCAACACUAGGGGCUAAAUUCUGAAAUUUCACAUUGACCGCCAUCUCGAAUUUGACCGCGAAAUGAACUGGAAUCUAGUCUAUAUUUCACUGGCAACUUUCGUCGGAAGUACAGUGCAUUUCCUAGCGCGCUAAGUUGUUGAUAGCUAUGAUGUUGAGCUGUGCAUGAAACUUUCUCGCCUUUUCGCAUUCUUUCCACGCUAUAGAUCGAAGCCAGAGAUCAAAGCUGCAUUCCUCGGCUAAUCGCAACUAAUUUUUGCGUUUUAUCCGUAGUAUUAAGGAAAACUCUAAGUUGUGUUUGAUUAUGAUGUUGAAGAGUGAAACAAGGCUACGUUUUGUGCUUGUUUUGAUUUUAUAUGACUUGCUGAUGAAACUCCACCACGUUUCGGUGAACUUCAGUUCACUGAAGACACAGAUUUAUUGGCACACCUGUUUAUUUUUUUAUAAUUUCUUGAAACUUUUCCCUUCUAUGGAUUUGUAAACCUUAGUUUCGUCUGCGUCCAAGUCUCGUCUGGUAAUUAAUAUAUCGGGAAGGUCGUUGAUCAAAAUUGGAAAAACAACAGGUCCUAGGAUACUUCCUUGAGGCACACCAGGUUGCGCCACUUUUGAUUGCAAAACAGCUGGGUUACACGAAUUUGCCAGCAAAGUAGCAGCAAUUAAUGAAAUUAAGGUACGUUAUAGAAUAAGACUAAAUGUGCAAAGAAACAACGAAAAGUACUAGUACAUAUAAUAUUGUUGCGAGUUUUGGCAAUUCAGGCGAUAUUCUUAGUGCUUUCCUGUUGCCGAUUUAAUGCGAUUUUAGGAAAUUUAAGAGAACUUCGGUCAAUUUUAACCCGCGAUUUAAUGCGAUUUUAGGCGAGUUACCACCACAGAGUAGGCCUCACAUGCAUAGGCUGCAUACUAUAGGGAGGGACUUACUAAAUUUUCUUUUACAUUUAAGCCCUUCAGGCCAAGACGGCCGUACAUAAUAGAAUAUUUAAAUCUUUCACUUUUAAAGUGGUGAUGUUAUCAUAAAUUCUUACUAUAUUCAAUCGUAUUUUAGCGAUCCCAAAAUUCUUGGUGGAAAAUUAUCCUUGACGAACCAGCUAAAAUAUAUUCAGUGAAGAUCAGAUUGCCCAUUUUCGCCGAAAAGCCUUUGAUUACUGUCGGCUUGCGAGACGAUGGCACAUUACCAAACUUUGCGAAAGACUUAGAGAUUGAUGGAACCUCGGAAAAUAUAUUAAUUUGCGAGCCACCAUUAUUAGCUCGUUAUGUAAUGAUUGAAAGCAAAGAAGGGGAGUAUUUGCAGCUUUGUGAAGUAGACGUAUAUGCCGCAGGUAAUCUAUUAUUUACCAUAUAUGUUUAAUUUGAAACUCGUAAAUCCAGCAAUAUGCGCAAGGUAGAAACACGACCAAAACAAUAUGGCGCCGCCUUCGGCCGUGUUUGCAGGCUUUUAAAAUGUAAACAAGAAAUAUCAACGAAAACAGCCACGAAAUGUGUUUAAACAUUUUUAAAGUCUGCAAAUUGUAAAAAUUAUAAAUGGUCAUUAUUUCGAUGAAUUGAACCCGGUCACAGGUGCGGAUGUCUUUCUCAUCUUUAUAAAAAAAUAAUAAAACAAUUGUUGAAUUCGAUUUUCGCAAGAUAUGAAAAAUUGUCAAGCCCUCAGUUGGUGUUAUCCGCAACUUCAAUCUUCGGCUUCAUUAACAACACAAACUUCGGACUUGACAAUACUUCAUAUUGUGCUCAACCUCAAAUCUUUGUUAAUUCUUUUUUUCUAACGUUGCAGGUUCCUUGAAUGAUAUGCUGGGUGUUAUGAGAACAUUUUUGUACCGCCGGUUUUAUUACAUGGAAUAUGGCUACUUUGAUUUUGCACCAUCAUUCAGUUUUUCAAGUUCAUACGGAAAUGACCCAGAGCAGGAAUUAAAAGCCUAUGUUUUGGUAUGUUAUGUAAUAUGUCAAAUACAAGCACUAGCCGAUUAUACAGUUAUGAAAAACGGAAAAAUGUGUUAAACACGAGGCAUUCGCCGAGAUUCUAACCAUAUAGCUCACUUGUAUUAAUUAAAAUUCGCGCAGCGCUGGGUGCGCGAAUUUUAGUAGGCUACUGCACGAAAUAUAAUCCGCGCGAAAAGCUUCGUGGUGUAAUAUAUAUGAGACACUCAUUGUUAGUAAUGCAAAUCAUUUGAGUUAUUAACUGAUUUACAUUACUAUUUGCAGUAUGUUAUUGUAUUAGGCAAAUGAGAACCAUACAAUAAUUUUUUAGUUCUUGUUGGUAUUUUGAACUUACGCUUUAUUAAUUAGUUGAAUUUUGCUUACAUUGCAUGAAAAUUUUUUGAGGCCACCUAAUCGCUUUUUUAUUUAAUUUUGACAAAUAUUGAAGUAUUUGUUGAUAAAAAUACUCAUUAUAAAUGCUUUAAUUGUUAAACAAACCAAAAAGAACGAACACGGAAAAUUACUUGCGCGAAUUUAAAGCUGCGCGAAGUCUCAACAAGGUGCGCGAAAUUAGAUCGCGCGAAUUUAAAGCUGCGCGAAAAUGAGUACGACGCGAAUUUUAAUACAAGUAAGGAAAAAAGACAAUGGAGAGGGUUUGACUUGAUACUCUAAAUGAAUGAUUUAGGCUUUAAUUCCUACCCGUGAUAGGCCUGCACAACGUCAAUGAAAACGUGAUCAUUAACAGCAGAAUUUUAUUCUGAGACAAACGCAAUUUAAAUUGUAUUCCCUCGAGCAUAUUUGUAGUUGUACGCCGUUGUUGUUCAAACAUAUUUAUAGUUGUACCCCGUUGUUGUUGGGGUGUGACAACCCCCCAAAGUACGAAUCAUCUGGAUUGGCAGGGCGAAUCAUCUGGAUUGGCAGGGCAAAUCAUCUGGAUUGGCAGGGCAAUCAAAGAUUUUAAAUGAUAGAAUGUAGAGUAAUUAAGUAACUUACAGGGCUUCCAGAGGGAAUCGAAUAGAAUUUAUAGACCUAAAUUUUACAGAUAUUGGUCCAAAAAUAAGGGUUUCACCCAUGUUUUAACAGGAAUUUGUCCUGAAAUGUCCCAAGUCCAUUUUGCUCAACCGCGUGGUGGAAACACCGCGUAUAUUUAUUCAGUGAAAUGAAUAUAUCUGGAAUGCUACCUCCAGAUAAACUGCCUACAUCUUUUUACUUCUAUACGCGUGUCUGGAGUCAAGACCGUCGUGUUUAUGCCUCGCGAUAUUCCCUCGGGUAAACAAUUAUUAGAAAAAACCCUAAAAAGAAAGUUUUCUAGAGAGUUUUACCUGAAUAAUUGCAUGCAUUAAUAGAAAGAUCUGAUCGCGCUCAUCGCAUGCAUGAAAAGACUGAGACUGACUUUCAAAGUUUGUCUUCAAAUUUCGGGUUGGAGGUAGCGUUCCAGUUUUAUUCAUUUCACUGUAUAUAUUUGCCAAAUAAAUAUACGUGGUAUAUUUGCGAACAAUCAGCAUACAAUUUUUGAAUUCCUUACAGGCUCCAUAUGAUGGUAUGUAUAAGUUUACACUGCAUGGUAGUGUGAAUGCAGAGUUACUGGUCACGCAACAAAGAGAUAAAAAAGACAUUCUAAUGACAUCAUCACUAGAAAGAGGAAAAAAGUUUUAUGCUUCUAAAGGUUUCUUCGGCUUAUCCUUUAGUACACGGUGAGUUGCUGUUGUUACCUUUUUAUCGAUAGGCUGGUUUCAGUUUUAUUGUAUUUCGUUGUUAAAUCUGUAUGACAGAGAUUUUGGGCAAAUAGGCACAACUGUGCGGAUGUAAAUCCUAAUCAGAAAUUGUGUCUUCUUUAGGUACGCCAGGAAAACAAAGUCAUCAACAAUAAUGCUAGAAGCCUGCAAGUUUUAUUUUGUAAAGUUGACAACAACGUUUACUGAGCGGAGUGAUACUUUAAAAUUUACCAUUGAGCGUAAGAAUGGAUCAUACUGGCACACUGUUGAAAAAACGAAUCUCUUCUGGGUUUUACCAGGUAUAAAAAUGUUGCAUUUCGCUUUAUCUAAAGGCGUAUAUGUAAUGAACUGUAUAUUGUAUUUAGUUGUAUUUGUACGCAGUAUAUGUAUAUGAUAUUAUUUAUUAUUCGUUGUGCUUUAUUCUCGUUUUCUCAUUGCCUAAAUUAAAAGCCUGCGGAUAAUUCCUUGCUGUUUCUCGGUGCCCGCGCUAUUUUUCAGCGAAAGCAGUAUCCGUGGAGGCUAUUGAACGCAUCCCGAAAUAUUCCAGCGGUAUUUUGUUUGAAAUUACAAAUUGAACCGGAGAAAUUGAGUUAAUAUCCAGAAAUUAUCGACAAUCUUUCCACUCGAAAACCACUAAAAACCUACAAAAGUGGCAAGGCAGAUUUUCAAAGAAUACAUAGACUCAAUUUUUGUUAGUGUCAUGUUAGUGUGGAUAAUAAAACAAUUAUUUCAAAACGAGUCAGUUCUCGGAUGAUAUCCAGAAUUAUUCGACGUCGCCGCCGCAAAUUUCCGUAGACAGUCGGACUCCUCAUUGAUAGUCGGACGAAUCAUUGACUAGCGUCCAGGCCUCCGCGCGUUAUCGAUGGAUCCCUUCGUAACCCACUAGUGCACCAUAUAUCCAUCACUCCACGUUGUUCUUCUUCAACCACGUGUAGAAAGAUGAACGAUUUGCUUCGCGAUGCCAUAGUAAAUCUACAAACUUGUUUUUUCUGGUUCCGAAAAUACUCCAGAACUGUUAUUACGAGUUAAAACUAUAUAUCAUCCCAUUUGAAGAGAAUCAGGAUAAGAUAACUAGCGUGCAAGGAAAUACUGGAAGAUUCAAAGCGACCAUCAAGUCCACUUUCCACAAAUAGAAGUAUUGCAGAAUACCCUUCCACUAGUAAUAUCAUAUCAUGUAGCCCGGCCACUAUUUUACUGGAUACAUAUAUACCAGAUCUUAUUGCAUCGUUCUAAUAUACACACACUAAUUACUAAGACAAUAUUACGAAUUGUGCUAUAAUUGUAUAAAGGAAAUAUCAUGCAAGACUUUUAAUGUUUAAUAUUAUGCUUAGUGUGCUUUAUAAUAUAAAACUUUUUCUCCCAGCCACGCUAAUUAAUCAUAAUUUGUCACUUGCAAUGUCCGGUUGUGAGGAACAUAUUUACAUAUUACACCACAUUUAAGUUCUGUAUAGCACGAGAAUUUAAUUUAUUAAUGCUAACUAACUGUCGCCUUAAUCUCAAAAUAACUACUUGACUGCGUAUCCGCGUAUCCACUAAAAUAUAGAGCUACCUGUAGCAUGAAAAUUUGAUCUAAUGCUAAUCUAACUGCAUGCCUCGUUCUCAAAUUUGACUGCGUAUCCGCGUAUCCAGUAGAAUAUAGAGUUACCUUUAAAUUAACACUAUCAUGACAAUUUAAGCUAUUAAUGCUAUAAGUCACUGUAUGCCUCUUAGCUACCACCAUGGGAUUUUAAUCUAUCAAUCCAAUUAUUAAUCUAUUGAGAAUAAAUAUAGAUGUAUUAAUACAUCGUAUCCAUGAUGUUUGAAAGGCAUGGCUUAAAAAGUGGACGGGUAUUCUGCAAUCGCUCCGAAAAGAGUUACAAAAAACAGUUACAAAAGCAAAGAAAAGCAAGUGGGAAAUUGGGAAUGGCGAAUAUAACUUAAUAAAAUAUGUCAGAUAUCUUCACCACACAAGAUGUGAAGCCACAAUGUGUCCUGUUCAGAUUUUGACAUUUCAACCAAGCAAUACUGAUUUUGAAAUCACCAAUUGCGUGCGCAAGACACACAGGAAAGGCGCAUCUAAUAAGAAGAGUAUCCGCUGAAUAUUUUGUUUAAGGGCGCGGGUCAAUGAUGCGUCCGACUAUCAAUGAGGAGUCCGACUGUCUACGGAAAAAAAAUUUGCGUCGCCGCCUCAGCAUUUGGCUUGCGUUUAUAACAUUGACCUCUGUCUGAAAAAUUUCUGGAUAGCCUGCUCAAACCAUUCCAAUAAUUGUUCAUUUCUACGGCAAUGAACUGUUCGAAAGAUCUACUGAUCUAGCGUUUUGAUUGAUCGGACAAUUUUUCUAACACAUGGCACGUCGAAAAUUAGAGAUCGAAGUCCCCGCGACGUCGGAGGUUUUAUUGCAUUUUUUGCGAAUAAACCCACUUUAUUAUUAUCACGAAAACACUUAAGGUGUUUAAUUUAAAAAAAACUCUAAAAACACGAAAGAAAACACUAAAAACACUAAAUCACGAAAACACUUUAGGCCGCUCAAUACACCUUUUAAAAUAAUGGAAAAUUUACGAUUUAGAUGCGUAUUUUUGGACAAUUAUUACUUGUUGAUAAACAAAAGGUACCUUACUUAUAUAUAAAACAAUAUCUAAAGAGUUUGAAUUUUUGCACAAAAGUUACGCAACUGCUGUUGCUAUUCAUGCUAUGGCAACAAUGACGUUUCACGAUGGCGGAUAUUUUGGCUUUAAGUUAGUUUAUAACUUGUAAAUGACAUCGGACUUUAUUUUAAAAAAUGAUUCCCUUAGCAUAAUCAAUUAUUUUGACAAUUUAAAAAAUUCUGUGGAGCCAAUUUUUUUUAAAAUUACGUAAAGGUGAUUAUUCAUAAUAAUUUUUUUUGGCUUCACAGAAUGUUUUAAAUUUUAAAAUUAUUGAUUAUACUAAGAGAAAUCACUUUUAAAAAUAAAAUUCCGGGGUUACCGAUUGCGUUUACGAGUUAAAUUACUUUAGAGCCAAAAUUUCCGCCAUCUUGAAACGUCAUUGUUGCCAUAGCAACGACUGUUGCGUAACUUUGUGCAAAAAUUCAAACUGUUUAGAUGUUGCUUUAUAUAAAGCCUGGCGCAUACGAUGCGAUUUUAGUCGGCCGACAAAAAUCGUUUGACUAAAACUAACAAAAUCGUUGUUUGUGCGGUGUCAUUUUUAACCGAUUUUUGUUGCUCGAUGAAUCGGACAACAUCAAAACGUUUUGAUAUUAUACGAUUUUUAUCGGUGGAAUUUUAAGUAUGACCAAUCAGAUUUCAUACUGUGAUCACGUGCUUGUAUUUAUUUGGCAACAUGGCGGCUACAGUUCAAUCGUGUGCGGAGUAUACCGAUGUAUAUCGGUAUGUCAAACGAUUUUUAUCGGCCGACUAAAAUCGCAUCGUGUGCGCCAGGCUUUAGGGACCGGUCAUUAUUUAUGGAAGGGGGGAGGGAAAAAAUGAGGGGGGCCAUAUGUAUAAAUAAAUUACUAGAAGGGGGGCUAUUAAAUUUUUUCAAGAAAAUGAGGGGGGGGGUUGCAAUUAAAUUUGAAGGAAUUUGCAUGGUAUCCAUUUGGUUGUAAUUGCGACUAAAUCAUGGUCACUGAUGUGAAAUAGUCAGGAUUUAUCUUGUCUUCUGUGUGCUGUAUGCAAAUCAGUCUUUACUGAUUGCAGAGAUAAAUUGACAAUGUAUUAUUACAUCAGCUAUCUUGAUGUGGUUAAAUACAUUUAAGCAAGGUUAACGGCGAAUGUAUUAUGCAGGCCACAUCCACUGAGGGGAGUCUGUGACGUCAUAUCGAUUAAAGGGUGUUGUUUCGCGCCUUGUGAUCAGUGCUUUGGUCUGGGUAUUCAUUCUGCCAUUGUAUGCUUUGCCCAGCUGCCGCAAGUUUAUAGCGCUUAGAUACCUUUUCCCUACCCACCCACCCAUGUGGCCAUGUUUAUUCUAGAGGAUUUUAUCUGGUACAGUGGUAGUAUGUCAUUUUAUUUUAUAUAAUUUUUAAUUUCACAUAAAAUAGGAUGUAUAGACCACUAUACAUUAUAUUUCGUUUCCACUGACUUGUCAGUGUGAUUGGUGCCGUAGGUAUGUCUUGGGAGAAUGUCCAGAAUUGUCAUGGCUAUCUCCUUUUGCUGCUAAUAUUACUGAUUGUUACUCUCAUUGCUACGCAGCUGCUAUGGCAAUACUUCGUGCCAUCAAAUCUAGUUACAGCCUUGGACCACAAACGGCACCUGGCUCCAAACACUAAUAUUAAUUCUCUGCCGUUAAACAUGGUUAAAUCGCCCAGACCAAAUGGAAACCUGAUUUUAGAGUUAUAUAUGAAAAUACCCUUCUUUUAAUUAUAAUUUUCUGCUAAUGUAUAUUUUUGGUCGACGUUAAUAUCUUGUCAGCUCCAUAUUCUUAUUUAAUUAAUAAUUAACAUUAUAACGCCUGGGUAUCACCAUUUGUCGAGUAAAAAUGAAAAUGGGGGGGGGGUCAAAGAAAAAUAUUCUAAUAUGUAGGGGGGAGUCAUCAUUAAAUUUCUGCUCUUUUAAGGGGGGGCUUUCAAUUUUAAAAAUUUAGAAAAGAAAAAAUUCCCCUCCCCCCUUCCAUAAAUAAUGACCGGUCCCUUAGUAAGGUACCUUUAUUUAUCAACAAGUAAUAAUUGUCCAAAAAUAGGCAUCUAAAUCGACAAAAUAGUGAAUUUCAAUUUUUUUAAAAACUGUAUUGAGCCACCUUAAGGCUAAAUAUACUAAAGACAAACCAGUUGAUUUGAAUUAUAUAGCAAGACAUGAAGAAAUAAAUAGUAAAAAUUUUUAUUUGAAACUAUAUAGAUUUCGCAUCCGUGUUGCUCUCUGUACCGUUGUAGCCUGUCAUUGUCAACCUUUCGAAUUCACUUUAUAUAUACUCACAUAAUAAUCAACAUAUUCUUAAUAUAUGGUUUCUCCUUUUGUACGAUUUUUUUAUUAUUUGCUUGUGGUAAAUUAAGAUUGCUCAAAGGUUCGCUGUGCUGACACGUUCCUUUAGCGACACUGCACGAAGCUAGUAUAAAAAUAUCGUAUUGAUCAUGAAUUUAGCUGAACCGUGGUGGUCUGUGCUGUGCUGCGCUGUGUUGUGUUGUGUUGUGUUGUGUUGUGUUGUGUUGUGUUGUGUUGUGUUGUGUUGUGUUGUGUUGGAUCGCAUUAUUAUUAUUAUGACUUGACUAUAUUUUUUAAACCAUAUACAGGUGAAAUUGAAGUGAAAUUGUCUGUUGACAAUAGCACCGUUGGCAGCGUGUUUCUAGGCUAUCCACUAAAUGUAACAGGUAUUUCUUGAACUUGUAGUGACAGUAAAAGUAGCGAAGGACACAACUCGAGGUCUUCGUGUAUGA